AUGACGUGGGGUAUGUUCGCACGUGAUCAAGCUCCUGACUCAAGCAGACCACUGCAAAAUCUGUAUGGCGUACAUCCGUUCUAUUUGGCUCUAGAAAAUGACGGCAACGCGCACGGGGUACUCAUCUGGAAUAGCAAUGCACAGGAAGUGACGCUUGGCCCAGGACCGCAUCUCGUCUAUCGAACUAUCGGCGGCAUGCUCGAUAUCACAUUUUUCCCCGGUCCAACGCCAGAGGAUGUCAUCCGACAGUAUCUCAGUUACAUUGGAAAGCCCUAUCUUCCAGCCUAUUUUGCACUUGGCUUUCAGGUACUACGGCAGAUAUCACAAAUUUGA